UCUCCCUGUCUCAGGGAGGGGAGGAAAGACUUAGGAUGAGUCAUUGGUGAAAGCUUUCCCCCUGGAUUCUCUAUUUCUUUCUUCUUGGUUGUACCAAAAGCUCCUGAGAGACCCCUCGGGUGGUGGCCAUUGGCCUGCAGUCUGUUCCCUUCCACCCUUUGUACCAAAUGUUUGUCCUGCCCCCUACUUGGUGCUCGUCUAUUGGGAGAAAUGGCUGUGGUAAUGAGGUUCUUCCGAUGGAUUUGGCGAAAGAUUACUUGCUGGGUUUUUUUCUGGAAACACAAAGCUAAGUCAACCAUCUUGGAACACCAUGACUCCCAGAAAAGUGCUUUGAAGGUGGAGAAGACCCCCAAGGUGGUUGAGACUUUCAAGUUGGUCGAGCCCUGUGAAGGGGCUAAGGUCUCCAAGACAGAGGAGACCGCCAAGGUGGCUGAUCCCUUCACAUUGGCCAAAUCAACAGAGAAGGCUGAGGUGGAGAAGAGAUGUGAGGGCCGAUCCCUGCUGCAGCUGCCGCGGACAGCUGUAAAGUCUGUAUCCAUGCUCAUGGGCUCGGCCCUACAGAGCGGCUGGCAAAUGUGUACCUGGAAGUCCUCUGUGAGUUCUACCUCCAUUUCCUCCCAGAUGAAAUCUGGGUCCCCUCUGGAGACCCCGGAGGCUGAGAUGCUGCGGGAAGUGUACCUGGUGCUGUGGGCCCUCCGGAAACAGCUACGACAGCUGGCCCGCAGGCAGGAGAGGCGGAGGCGGCACCAUAUCCGGACCCAUGCUGGCCCCCAACCUGAAGCAGUUCAGGGCCUGAAACAGGAUGCCCGGAGUCCCCUGUAGGGGGGGGAUCCCCACAUCUUCCAAAAAGCCCCACCUCACUCUUAGGUAAGGUUGGUAGGAGAGGUUAGGGCAGCAGGCCAAGAGUUGUGGGUGAGAAGUUUUCAUACUGUCACCUCUUAUCCAGAGACCAAGGCCAGGCCUGGGGUCCCACUUAUUCCCCUUCAUUCCGUUUAUUCAAUUUGUAAGAAAGAUUAUCAAAAUGUUGGGAAAUAAAUAUCAGAUAUUUCUGAGUAAA